AUGUCCAUUAAAGGUAAUACUGAUACCCUUACCAAUACCGUCACCAAUAGUUCAACUACUUCCGAUGAUGAUUUAGAAACUGCUUUAGAUAGUAGAUUAUCUUCUGAAUCUUCUUCAACUUCUUCAUCUCCAAAUACUACCAUAAAUAAAAUUAAUGAUAUUUCUCCAAUUAGUACUGGUACUACUACUCCUUCCUUAUUACCAAGUAUCGUUAAUGAAUUCCUUGGUGAAAUCAAUGAUGACCAUUUAAAUCAACAAUCUGAUUUAUUAUUACAUGAUUUUAAUGAAGCUUUACAAGAAAAUUCUAAAAUCACCAUGUUACCAAAUUAUAAUAUUAAUCCAUCGGGAAAUGAAUUUGGUCAAUUUUUAGUGAUUGAUUUAGGGGGUUCAACUUUAAGAAUUGCUAUUAUUAAAAUCGAUAAACCAACUGAUCAUGAUGAAGCUGAUAGAUCUAAACGUAUUCAUAUUUUGAAUGAAAAAUCAUGGAUUAUUGAAAAUAAUUUUAAAACUAUUGAUAAUAAUUUCUUUAAAUUCAUUGCAUCUAAAAUCGCUGAAAUCAUUAAAGAUGAUGAAGAAUUUUCUAAUUGUCAUAUUAUUAAAACUGGUAUUAGUUGGUCAUUCCCAUUAAAAACUACCAAUUAUAAUAAUGGUAAGAUUGUUCAUGUUUCGAAAGGAUAUACUAUUUCUGAUGAAAUUUAUAAUAAAGAUUUAAAAACCAUUUUAGAAUCGGUUUUAAAAUCAGAAUUCAAUUUAUUAAUAGAUGUUAAAAUCAUUUUAAAUGAUUCAUUGGCUGUCUAUGCUGCUGGUUCAUUCAUGGAUAAAUUUAUGAAAUUAGCUCUUGUAUUAGGAACAGGUACUAAUAUGUGUUGUUCAUUAAAUAAAAAAGAUUCUGAUUUAAUGCAUGAUGAUAAAAAAUUAGGUACUCAAGAUAAAGUAUUAUUUAAUACUGAAUUAUCAUUAUUUGGUCAAUCUAUUAUUAAACAAUUCACUAAUAAAUAUGAUGGAUUAAUUGAUUCAAGAUUUAAUCAAGUAAUUGAUUUACAUUUUAAAACUUUUAUGACAGUUGAUCCAAUCUCCAAAACUAUUUUCCAACCAUUAGAAUUAACUACUAGUGGAAGAUAUUUACCUGAAUUAACUAGAUUAGUAUUAUGUGAUUUAAUUAAUGCUAAAGAAAUCUUUACUAGAUUAUCAUGUCAAGAUUUAGCUCAUAUUUUACAUGCUAGUUAUGAUGGUAUUACGGGGAAAUUGAUUUGUUUUAUUAAUGAAACUGAAGAUUUACAAGACAUUAAAUUAAAAUUACAUGAGAUUUAUCAAUGGGAUAUUGAUUUAAUCACCACCAAUGAUAUUCUUAAUUUAAAAACUAUUAUUGAAACCAUUUUAACCAGAGGAGCAUUUAUUAUUAGUAUUCUGGUUAUUGCAUUUAUAAAAUUAAUCCAAUUACAUAAUCCUGAAGAAUUCCAAUCAUUAUUAGAUCAAAAAGUUAUUAAUAUUGGAUAUGUGGGUUCCGUAUUACAUCAUUUUAAUCAUUAUAGACAUUUAAUUAAACAAUUUAUUAAUGAUAAUACUGAAAUCAAACAAUUUGGAUUAAAAGUUGAUUUCAAAUUGAUUGAAAAUAGUUCAGUCAUUGGUCCUGCCAUUGGUGCUGCCUAUUACUCAUAG